AUGAUAGUGUUGGCCCUGUGGACAUUUGGAGAGGGAAUGAUAGAAGUUUUAGAGGUGAAGAUGUGGCAGGAAAGGUGUAGGAGCUGGGAUACAGCCACGCAUCUUGACAAUGUGGGGCUCUUUCAGAAUGGUGAUGUUGUUAUUGGGGGCCUCAUCAACUUCCACAACCUGCCCACUGCACAGGACCUGACCUUUACCAGCCUGCCUGACCUGAAGCCUUGUGUUAAUUUUCAGGGCGGCCCACUGCGUUGGGCACAGGCAAUCGUAUUUGCGGUGGAAGAGAUUAACCAAGACCCCUUCCUCCUACCGGGUCUUCGUCUAGGGUACCAGAUCAUGGACAGUUGUAGCCGACAUCCUUUCUCCCUGAGGGGAGCACUGGCCAUGAUUAGUGGGGGAAACCGCUCCUGUGACAAAACUGGCCCGGUGCGAAUCAUCAUAGGGGAAGGCUCAUCCACUCAAAGCAUAAUCCUGUCUAGAACCCUCAGUCCGCUUCAUGUUCCUGUGAUUAGCUAUCAGGCCACCUGUUCCUGUCUGAGUAACCGACGUGAGUACCCCAACUUUUUCCGGACCAUUCCUAGUGAUGUGUACCAGGCCCGCGCCAUGGCUCAUCUGGCCAAGCUUUUUGGCUGGACCUGGGUGGGUGCUGUGGGGGCUGAUAAUGACUAUGGACGUUUGGCAGUGCAGGUCUUCCUGGAGGAGACCCAAGGCUCAAACAUCUGCUUAGCUUUCUUUGAGACACUCCUCCGGGAGCGGUUAGCUCAAGAUGUGGCCCGUGCCGCCUCGACAAUCGAGGGGUCGCUGGCCCGUGUGAUCCUAGUAUUUGCCUGGCAUGGUGAUGUAGAGCAGCUGCUAUUGGAGUUGUUGCGACGGAACAUCACUGACCGACAGUUCCUUGCCAGCGAAGCCUGGAGCACAAGUACCAGUCUGCUCAGCAAGCCCCAUCUCUACACUCUCACCAGGGGUAUCUUGGGUGUAGCCAUCCGAAGUGCUCCCAUCCCCAGGUUCAAGGAGCACCUCACACAGGUGCACCCCUCCCGUUACCCAGGCAAUGUUCUUCUGAAGGAGCUUUGGGAGGAGACAUUUGGCUGCAGCCUGGCGCUGAACACCUCUGGACCCCCCACUAAUAAUUUGCCUCUCUGCAAUGGGUCAGAGAGUUUGGAGGGGAUCCAGAACACCUUCACAGACACAUCUAACCUUAGGGUGACCUAUAAUGUAUAUCUAGCUGUGUACUCUGCUGCUCAUGCAUUCCACUCUCUGCUUAACUGCACUGCGCAGACCAGCUCCAGCUCAAACAAAACUUCACACUGUUCCACAACACAAGAGAUUAACCUUGCACAGCUCUUGGAGCAUCUUAAUAAAGUGCAAUUCACCACCAAACUUGGGGAGAGCUUUUACUUCCAGGAGGGGGGGAUCCCAGCAGUCUAUGACCUGGUAAACUGGCAGGAUGCACUAGAUGGCACACUGCGCUGCGUCACUGUCGGUCGGAUGGAGGGCUCCACACUCACUAUCAGUGAAUCAGCCGUUGUGUGGACUGCCAGUGCAAACAGGGUUCCUGUCUCUGUUUGCUCUGAGGAGUGUCCUCCAGGGACACGUAAAGCCACUAAAAAGGGACAGGCUGUUUGCUGUUUUGACUGUUUGCCCUGUGCAGAAGGUGAAAUCAGCAACUCCACAGGCUCUACAAAAUGUGACACAUGUCCACCAGAAUUCUGGUCCAACAGUUUCAGGACAGCAUGUGUUCCAAGGGAUAUUGAAUUCCUCUCUUUCACUGAUACCAUGGGCAUUACCCUGACAACUGUUGCCGUGUCCGGCGUUGUGACGACUGUAGCUGUGGCUGUGGUUUUCCUGUACAACAGACAGACACCCAUUGUCAAGGCCAACAACUCUGAGCUGAGUUUCAUGCUGCUGUUGUCAAUUAAGUUCUGUUUCCUCUGCUCUCUGGUGUUUGUAGGACGUCCUUCACUGUGGUCCUGCAGGGUGCAGCAGGCUGCAUUUGGAAUCACAUUUGUUCUAUGUCUAUCCUGCAUCCUGGUGAAGACUAUUGUGGUGCUUGCUGUAUUCUGUUCAGCUAAGCCAGGUUCUACAGCACUGAUGAAGUGGUUUGGACCUCGUCAGCAGCGAGGGAGUGUCUUUCUCUUCACCUGCAUCCAGGUGAUAAUCUGUGCCAUUUGGCUGUCCCUGAGCCCACCCUCUCCUCACCAUAACUCAGGCCUACAGGGGUCAAAGGUCAUCCUUGAGUGUGAAGUGGGCUCAGUGGUGGGCUUCGCACUUGUGCUGGGCUACAUCGGGCUGCUGGCUGCCAUCUGCCUUCUCCUGGCCUUUUUUGCUCGGAAGCUUCCAGACAAUUUCAAUGAGGCUAAAUUCAUCACCUUCAGCAUGCUCAUCUUCUGUGCUGUGUGGAUAGCUUUUGUGCCUGCCUAUGUCAGCUCACCAGGGAAAUACAGUGUUGCUGUAGAGAUCUUCGCUAUCCUGGCAUCUAGCUAUGGCCUCCUUGUGUGCAUUUUUGCUCCAAAAUGCUAUAUAAUUUUAGUCAGGCCAGAAAACAAUACAAAGAAGUUUAUAAUGGGGGAAAGGCUCAGAGGUCAAUAA